AUGGUCCGUAGUGUUUAUCAUCCCAUUCCUCAAGAUAUGAUCUGCUCCAUAUCAGGAGAACCGACUUCGAAUCCUGUUCUUUCGCUGAAAUCUAGAAGGAUCUUCGAUCGGAAGUUGAUCUCCCAAUACAUCUCUCAAAAUCAAAAGGAUCCUAUUAAUGAGGAGCCCAUGACAGAGGAUGAUUUGGUGUCCAUUGACGAUUCCAUCAACUCCAGUAUUGUCCUCACGAGGAAAUCAAAUCAAGACUCUAUUCCGUCAAUGCUUGCUAUGUUUCAGAAUGAAUGGGACUCGUUAUCAUUGGAGAUAUUCGAGCUUCGCAAGCAGAUUGUUGAAUUGAAGAAAGAGCUAAGUUUAUCUUUGUAUAGGCAGGAUGCCGCAGUAAAGGUGGCGACUCGGGCUGUUAAAGAGAGGGACGAGGCACGAAAUGCAUUGCAAGCGUUGGCAAUGAAGAUCGGAACUGGUGAUAUAGGUGAGGUGGACGAGGAAUCCGAGGAACCAAAGGAACCAAAUCAACCAAAGGAGCCAAAGGAACCUGUUGAGAAAAUGGUUGGAGACAAGUCCAUCUCGCUUACUCAACAAUAUGUUGACCUUCUCACCAAGGAGCAGCUCGUGCUUUUUUCUCGGCACAAGUCGCAUAAGCACAAACUUCCGUUUAGCUUGAGAGAAAACUUUAAACUAUCAUUUGAUGAGACAGCGUCAGUCGAUCACGGCGAAUACAAGGUGUACUCUAAAAGUGAGUUUAAGAUUGCCAUUGUUUAUGAGAAGGAUAAUAGUGGCGAGAUCUUUGAAAUAGAUUCAAAGACUAACGAUCUUACCUUGGUCACAAAUUUCAAAGUGGAUCGUCGCAGUCAAAUUGUUGGAUUGAACUGGAUUCACGACAAGAACAGUGAUGACACCAAGUUGUUGCUCACCACAAAGACUAAAGUAUUGGCAAUAUCUUGCAAGGAUGGUAAGAAAUCAGACUAUAUCAAAUCUAAGGAGCAGAUUAAGGCCACAGCAGUUCAUCCCUCGUUACCCAUAUCUAUUCAAGCGUAUUCGGACAGAUAUACAAUCUUUGACGGUAAAAAAGUCAUCUACAAGUCUGCUAAGAUCUCUGAAAGUGUAAUUACUGAUGCUGUCAUACAUAAUGACGGCAUACUAAUGGCAUUGGGUCAUGAGAAUUCGGUAGUGGAUAUUUUUGAACUCGUUCAAGAGAAAAAGCUCCUGACAAUUUCACCUCCUGAAGAUGGUUUGGGUAAAUUGUCACAGAUGCUGUUUGCCAAGAAUGGUUACUGGUUAUUGAUUAAAUACGGCGAAAAAGUGGUGGGAGUCUACGAUCUACGGAAAGGCGUAUUCCAGAAUGUUAUCAGAUUUAAUUCUGUGGAAGCUGGUCAAGUGCACUUGGAUCCUGCCUCCCGAUUGAUGUUCCUAGGAGAAUGGUACUCUGCCUACGAGAAGAAAACCAAAAAGUGGACCGAGCCGCAGACUCUUCCGGUGGAAGGAGAUAAGGUGGAUAUAGAGGUGUUAGAAGGUGCAGAUGGGUACCUGGGUAUGAUACUCAACAAUGAAGGAGUGAAGGUGGGAAAUUUGGGUAUCACUGAUUACAGUGCUGUGUAA